AUGUCGGCGGCACCCACGACGAAGAAGUUUGGCAAGUCCACCCGGACGGUGCCUCACCCCAGCCAGCGGGCCCAGAAGUGGUACGCCGCAGAAGAGGACUCACAGCCGAAGAAGGUCCGCAAGGCCCUUCGCCCCUGGGCUCCACGCAAGUCCCUUCAGCCCGGCACGAUCCUCAUCCUCGUUGCUGGCCGCUUCCGCGGCAAGCGUGUCGUUCUCCUUAAGACGCUCGACCAGGGCCUGCUCCUGGUCACCGGCCCCUUCAAGGUCAACGGUGUGCCGCUGCGGAGAGUGAACGCCAAGUACGUCAUCGCGACAUCCGAGAAGGUCGACCUGUCCGGCGUGGACGCCAAGAAGAUCGAGGAGAUCGCCGCACCGAACUACUUCACCGCGGAGAAGGCGAAGGAGAAGGCCAGCGAGGAGGCAUUCUUCAAGCAGGGAGAGAAGCCCCAGAAGAAGGUCGUCCAGGCGACGCGCGCAGAAGACCAGAAGGCCAUCGACAAGGCCAUCAUCGCAAACAUCAAGAAGGUCGACCUGCUCAGCAGCUACCUCGCCACAUCAUUCAGCCUGCGCAAGGGUGACAAGCCCCACGAGAUGAAGUGGUAA